ACAAUAAUAAACAAGACGCCAUUUUAGUCAGGAGUCGAGAAUUUCGGAAAGUGAACAAUAUCGUCAUCAUUUUGUAGGCAGAUUUACAGAAGUCUAUACGUUAAAUAUGACAAUGAAAUGGCAAUACAAGGAAGAACAUCCCUUUGAGAAAAGGCGACAAGAAGGAGAGAAAAUAAGAAAGAAGUAUCCUGAUAGAGUACCAGUAAUCGUUGAAAAGGCAGCAAAAGCACGAAUUGGUGAUUUAGACAAGAAAAAGUACUUGGUACCGUCAGACCUAACAGUCGGGCAGUUCUACUUUCUAAUUCGGAAGCGGAUUCAACUGAGACCAGAAGAUGCACUGUUUUUCUUUGUAAACAAUGCAAUUCCACCAACAAGUGCAACAAUGGGUCAAUUAUACCAGGAACAUCAUGAAGAAGAUUUCUUCCUUUACAUUGCAUACAGCGAUGAAAGCGUUUAUGGAAACUAAUUGAAUUAACAGACGAUAUUGUUUGAUUGCUUUGUGUAAAUUUGUGUACAUAUAUGAAUUUGCUUGAGCCUAAAAGUCAAAUUUUAUUAGCUCUUUUUGGAUGACAUUAUACAAUAUCUGAUAUGAACUUAGAAUUAUCCAUUUAAAUGGAUUGUGUUAUUGUAAAAAAUCCUCAAGAAAUAAUACUGCAAGCUAUAAAUCCCAUGAGUAAUGUUUCCUUUCUUAUGUAUGGUUUGAUGUUUCCAUAGGGAAACAACCAAAUCUGACAACAGCUAGAUAUUAGGGGAAAAUGUGUUUUUAUUGAUUAUGUCAUAAAUUAUUGUACAAUAUGGCAUAUAGUAUUGUAAAAGAAAUUUGAUAUAAUCAAUUGUUAAAUUAUUUAAUACAAUGUAUGCAUUAAGUUUUAGUAUCUUAAUUUUUAGACACACAUGCAUAUUUUUUACUCCAUGACUUCAUGAAAAUUAUAGGUUAUCACUAAUAGAAAAUGUCUUUAAAAAAUCUGUAGUGGAAAUAUAUGUGCUAUACCCCAAAAAGAAGUUGGGCCUCAACACUGCAAUUAACAUAUCUGUUAGAAUUAUGGUGUUAGUUUUUUGUGCAAACAAAUAAUUCCUUUGGCAAUUGAAAUCGAUUACUUAUUUGCAAUAAUAUUUACAGCACUUCUUAAAUACUUGCAAAGAAGAUACUUUUUUUUUUUUUAAGAUUUAGGGCCUUGUCUGUUGAAUGGUUAUAUACAAUAUUCAUAUUCAUGCUCAGGAGCUAUUCACAACAUUGGUGAUUGUGUAAAUGUUGUAUUUAACGAAGUUCAAAACUUUACCAAUUUAUUAUAAUCACAAAAUUGAAAGUUUGUGGUAUAAAAACCAAAAAAAGAUGAUGCCAUUAUGCAAACAAAAAAUUAGGUUAUGUCACUUCCAGAUGCCAUGAAGUUCUGCUGUCUUUAGCUUAGAAAAUACUAAAAUUGUGCGCCGACAUGCUUUGUCCUGUAUACCCAUUGAGUCAUACCAGGCCCAAAUUGCCAGAUCACUGGUGCCACACCUAGUCAUUAAAAACCAGUCAAAAUAUACAGCAAUGUUAUCUGCAACCAAUUAUUUUAUGGAAACUAACAAUGUUACACAGUAAAUCAAUUAAUCUCAAUGUUUAACAAAAACAUUUUUGAUGUAUUGGUAAACAUGUAAUAUCGCUGAUUAUUGUGGCCAGGAAUUUUGGUAUGUUUAAAAUUUUAGGUGGGGGGGCAGUCACCCACAUCAUUUGCCAUCAAAUUAACUAACACUUUUCUCCAAAUUCUUUUUUUUUUUCAUUGUCCUAAUUUACAUAUUACAUACGGUAAGUAUAAUGCAUUAUAAUUGUGUUAGCUUAGAAAUACUUGUCAACCUUAGUACAGCAUUUCAAAUUGAUUUUUAAAAUAUUUAAUGAAAAUGUAUGCUCUAUUCUAUUUUAUUAAAUGUUAAAAUCUA